AUGACCCAGUUGUUCCUUUCCAUCUGGGAUUUCCAGCAACCCACGAAGACAGAAGUCACUUUAGCUUCAGCAGCUAUACUGCUUAUAUACAUCUUCCAGCGCAUACUAGCCGCACUGUACCUCACUUUCUUCCAUCCACUCUCUCAAUUUCCAGGCCCACCCAAAGCAGCUCGUUCCCGCCCAUAUAUAUACACAAUCACGGGCGAUCACCCCGAAAUAACCCUCGAAAAACUUCAUGAACAAUAUCGUGAGUAUCGGAUUUUGCUUUACACCGUCCUCAAUCUGACAGGUCGGCCAGAAACAAAAGCACUGCGCAUUGGGCCCAAUGAGCUUCACAUCACAGAUAUAAAUCAAUACAAGGUCAUUUACAGUCAGAUCCAGCCAUUCCCCAAAGAUAAAGAAUUCUACGAUGCAUUCAACACACCACACACGGUAGUCACAGAGUCAGAGGUGGAAUUACACAAGGAGCGUCGUCGCAUUCUGAAUCCUUUAUUUUCACGGGCGGAAUCAUUCAAGCUUGAGCCUAUCAUCCAUGACAAGGUUGAGGUUCUGCUGGGACAGAUCAACAAAUUGAAAGUCUCUCAGGAUAUCAAUAUAUACAGUGCUUUCCGAUGUCUCACCACGGAGAUCGUCAUGGAAUUCGUUUUUGCCAAACGAGAGAACCUGUUGGAUGAGAACAACACCACUUUCGAAUCCUGGUUUCUGGCCGCAUUCGAUGCUGCGGCCGAAAGUUUCUGGGUCAUGCAGGAACGACCGUGGCUGUGGAAGAUGUCCAAUUAUCUUCCUCUUAGCUUUGUGGAGCUAGUCAAACCAGAGGCCGCCCAUGUUUUCAAAUUACUCAAGUACGCUGAGACUUGUCUCCAGCACUAUGAAAAGAGCGGGAAUACAACCUCUCACCCAGUGCUAUUCGACCACCUAUGCACGUUGCCUCGUGAAUUCAAGGUUGCGGAGGCAUUGAUUAUUCUAGUUGCGGGCUCUGAUACCACAGCUUCCACGCUUACAACCGGCCUGCUUCACAUCCUGUCCAAUCCACUUAUCUGUGAGAAACUGUCACGAGAAUUGAGCGAAGCCGACCCAUCUUUCCAGAUGUUGAAAUUAGAGAAACUCAAGUAUCUGACGGCCUGCGUCAAAGAAUCACUCCGGAUAGGCAUGGCAGUUCCAGGUCGUUUACCGAGAGUCGUACCGCAAAAUCUUCCCCAGCCAUUUAUCGUCGAUGGGAAAGUCAUUCCAGCAGGUACCGUCGUCUCAAUGUCAGCAUACACAAUGCACACCAACGAAGAAAUAUGGGGCCCAGAUGCACGAACAUUCAACCCAGACCGGUGGUUAAAUCCCGAAGCAAAGUCCCUUGAGCAGUAUCUGUGUGCAUUCUCCAAAGGAGCUAGAAUGUGUCUCGGUCAGAAUGUGGCGCUUGCUGAGGUUACUAUUAUCAUGGCGUAUAUGUUCCGGUCGUUUAGGAUGAGUUUGUUGCCGGAUGCUGAGCCACCAAGGAGGAAAGACUUGUUUACUAUGGGGUAUGAGAAGCCUGGUUUGUCGUUGAAGCUUAUGGAUAUUGUGAGCAAGACACAAUAG